UUCCCGUUCGGCAACAGGCGCCUCUGUAGGGCGGGACCAGAUCAUGUACUUGGACAUGGCGGCCGACUCGUGAUAAAUCUAGUGGCCGACAAAAGAGCUUUUCUUCCGAGUCGGCGGCUGGUUGAUGGGCACAACAAGCAGCCCGGUCCGACGCUGUUCCGCAAGAUUUGGGAUGAGAGAAAGAGUGGAAGGGAAGGAAAGAUGGGUAGAUGCUGGCAGAGGAAGUCGAGCUUUUUAUCAGAUGGAAUGGUUGCCCUGUAUAGUACAGUACCGAAGGCGGCAGGCGGGAACAAAAACCCACACCAAUGACACCACUCACUCACUGCACCAUGCAGUCGGUGAGGUGGAGUGUACCCGUACCUUUAUAGGUAGGAGUGGAUGCGCAGGAAGUCGAGGUCCAGAUUGUUGUCCGUGGACCGCGUCUAUUGGUUACAGGUACCUGGGUCCGGCCCACAGCACGGCAGUAUCCAGCAAAACUUCUGCAGAAAACCGCCGCGAUGCCCACGGCCGAUGCAACAUUGAACAUUCCAUGUGCGCCAUUUCCCUACCACAGUGGUACACUAGCGAUGCCACCGGUGCAUGGAAUCACCCACAGACGGUCAAGCGCUGCCUGACCUUGGGAAUCGGAGACUUGCUCGGCGUCAGAAGUGUACAUAGGAGGAAGCAAAAAAAGGUCAAGGCUUUUCCGCGCGGACUUGUGCUUCUCUUCCUAGGCCAAUCGCAUCACCGGUGCCCCCGCCACCUUGCCGAACGUUUCCAAGCUUCGUUACCCAAGAGGAAUUUUGAUCCGUGCUAGCUCCACUUGGCGGCGUGGGCGGGCCUGAAAAUUUUU